AUGUUUUAUGACCUCAACGUCCCAUAUGCAGCCGAUGAGGCUCAAUUAACCAAUACCCUCAACUUUCUUGCAGAAGUCGGAUAUACGACAGUUGCUCUCUCACAGACAAUGUCAGGCAAACUACCCCAGAAUCUAACAGCUCCUCAGCUUCCUUCCAAUGCGCCAAAGUCCCUCACGCUGUUGACGCGCCUUAACCUCAUCUUGUCCGACCCAUCUCAAAGUUACCGCAUGGCAAAUCUAAUACCAUUAUUCUCUAUUGUUGCUGUACGACCUACGAAUGAGAAAAGUCUGUUAAAUGCUUGUACCAAUCUCGAUUGCGACCUGAUUUCUCUGGACCUGUCUGUCCGUCUUCCUUUCCACUUCAAAUUCAAGACCGUCUCGUCUGCAAUAUCUCGUGGGAUACGAUUUGAAAUUUGCUAUAGCCCAGGGAUAACCGGGAGUGGAUUGGAAGCCCGCAGGAAUCUUAUUGGUAAUGCGAUGAGUCUGAUCAGAGCAACAAGGGGCCGAGGCAUCAUCAUAUCCAGUGAGGCUAAACGAGCAUUGGCCAUUCGCGCACCAAUGGACGUAGUAAACCUUGCAUGUGUCUGGGGAUUGUCCAGUGAGCGAGGUAAAGAGGCAGUAUGUGAGGAGGCUCGGAAAGUUGUGGCCUUAUCCAGUCUCAAAAGAACAAGUUAUAGGGGCGUCGUUGAUGUUGUCAAUGGUGGUGAAAGACAGACACCAAAGAAAACCGAGGAUGCAUCAAAGAACAAGGUUGAACAGAGGGGCGCCAUUGACAAAAGUGCUGAAAAACUGAAACGAAAGGCUUCUUUAGAGUCAACGCAAGACGAUGACAAGCCUCUUUCCAAGCGCGAAAUGAAGCGUAGAGCCAAAAAGGCACGGCUGGAAGCCAAUUCUCAGCCUUGAGAGGGUGUCUAUCCUGGGCAUGAUAUACUCAUUAUCGACAGCUGAUCAUACGGGAACAAAUUUCAGAAAAUGAUGGCUUAUUUGGUAUACAAGGGCAGAAGUACAUCAAUACGGCAGGAUGAUAUUAUUGUUCUAGCUAUAUUCUGAACACAAAAGGAAAGCCACCCGGCCUGAAAACUCUUGAACGAAAAAUCCACCAUUUUUUUAUUGUUAC